AGGGAGACGCCGAGAUCGACUGAGGGGCGGACUGAGCGGGCUGGACGCCUCAUUGAUUUUCUAAGAUCUGGAAAAGUUUGUCGUCCCACACUGUCCACCUUUAAUUUCUUCGAAAACGCCUGUACCUCGGCUGAAGCCAUGCCCUGUGUUCAGGCUCAGUAUGGGUCAUCGCCUCAAGGAGCCAGCCCAGCUUCCCAGAGCUACAGUUACCACUCUUCGGGAGAAUACAGCUCCGAUUUCUUAACUCCAGAGUUUGUCAAGUUUAGCAUGGACCUCACCAACACUGAAAUCACUGCCACCACUUCUCUCCCCAGCUUCAGUACCUUUAUGGACAACUACAGCACAGGCUACGACGUCAAGCCGCCUUGCUUGUACCAAAUGCCCCUGGCCGGACAGCAGUCCUCCAUUAAGGUGGAAGACAUUCAGAUGCACGGCUACCAACAGCACAACCACCUGCCCCCGCAGUCCGAGGAAAUGAUGCCGCACUCGGGCUCCGUUUACUACAAGCCCUCGUCGCCCCCGACGCCCACCACCCCCGGCUUCCAGGUGCAGCAUGGCUCCGUGUGGGACGACCCGGGCCCCCUGCACAACUUCCACCCCAACUACGUGGCCACCACACACAUGAUCGAGCCGAGGAAGGCGCCCGGGUCCCGCCUGUCCCUCUUCUCCUUCAAGCAGUCCCCGCCGGGCACCCCCGUGGCCAGCUGCCAGAUGCGCUUCGACGGGCCCCUGCACGUGCCCAUGGCCCCGGAGCCGGCGGGUGCCCACCACGUGGUGGACGGCCAGGCCUUCGCCGUGCCCAACCCCAUCCGCAAGCAGGCCGCCGCCAUGGGCUUCCCCGGCCUGCAGCUGGGCCACGCCGCCCAGCUGCUCGACGCCCAGGUGCCCUCGCCGCCCUCCCGCGGCUCGCCCUCCAACGAGGGCCUCUGCGCCGUGUGCGGGGACAACGCCGCCUGCCAGCACUACGGCGUGCGCACCUGUGAGGGCUGCAAGGGCUUCUUCAAGCGCACGGUCCAGAAAAACGCCAAAUACGUUUGUUUAGCAAAUAAAAAUUGCCCUGUGGACAAACGGCGCCGAAAUCGCUGUCAGUAUUGCCGGUUUCAGAAGUGCCUUGCGGUCGGGAUGGUUAAAGAAGUGGUGCGUACAGACAGUUUAAAAGGUCGGAGGGGUCGCUUGCCAUCGAAACCGAAGAGCCCCCAGGAGCCCUCACCCCCCUCUCCCCCGGUGAGUCUGAUCAGUGCCCUGGUGAGAGCUCAUGUCGACUCCAACCCGGCUAUGACCAGCCUGGACUAUUCCAGGUUCCAGGCGAACCCUGACUUCCAGAUGAGCGGGGACGACACGCAGCACAUCCAGCAGUUCUAUGAUCUCCUGACCGGCUCCAUGGAGAUCAUCAGAGGCUGGGCCGAAAAAAUUCCCGGCUUCACCGAUCUGUCCAAGUCCGAUCAGGACCUGCUUUUCGAGUCCGCCUUCCUGGAGUUGUUCGUCCUCCGACUAGCCUACAGGUCUAACCCCGUGGACGGUAAACUCAUCUUUUGCAAUGGGGUGGUCUUGCACAGGUUGCAAUGCGUCCGUGGCUUUGGGGAAUGGAUUGAUUCCAUUGUUGAAUUCUCCUCCAACUUGCAGAAUAUGAACAUCGACAUUUCUGCCUUUUCCUGCAUCGCUGCCCUGGCGAUGGUGACAGAGAGGCAUGGGCUCAAGGAACCCAAGAGAGUGGAGGAGCUGCAGAACAAGAUUGUGAAUUGUCUUAAAGACCACGUGACUUUCAAUAACGGGGGGUUGAAUCGCCCCAACUAUUUGUCCAAACUCUUGGGGAAGCUCCCGGAGCUACGCACCCUUUGCACACAGGGGCUACAGCGUAUUUUCUACCUGAAACUGGAAGACUUGGUCCCUCCCCCGGCAAUAAUUGACAAACUUUUCCUGGACACUCUACCGUUUUAAGAAAGACUUUCUCCCACACACUUCCAAUGAACUUGAAAGGAAAGCGAGCUCUCCGAGGGGAGAAUUCACAUGUGCACAAAGAGUACCCACUUGGGUGCCUCGGUGUUUACCCCUCCCCACCCUUCUAUUUUUUUUUUUACCCCACUCCCAUCCCUCUCCUUGCCCCCAACAAAACAGGCAAACAAACAAAAACCCGUUGCUAUUUCCUAACCUGCAGGCAGAAGGUGAAUGGGCAUUUGGGCUCUGGGCCAUCCUGGAUUUAGAUCACGGACUACACUCAAUGCUAUGGUAUAAACUUUUUAUUAUCGGCUAAAAAUAAAACAAAAAGAGUUUAUUGUUCAGAAAAAAAGGACUUCUAAUGGCCACGCCGGGUGCUGCAGCUAAGAGUUUUGAGUACCCACAAAAGAGUAUUAAGGUGACCCACAAGUAUUUCCCUUCUUAAAGACUUAAGAGUUUUCUGCUGUAAGAGAAAGCUGUAAUAUAUAGUAAAACUAAAUGUUGCUGUGGGUGGCAUGAAUUAAAGAAGGCAAAGGCUUGUAAAUUUAUCCGACGCAGUUUGGCUUUUUUUAAUUAUUUUGUGCCUAUUUAUGAAUAAAUAUUAAAAAAUUCUAAAAGAUAAGCGUGUUUGCAAAAAAAAAAAAAGAAUAAAUAACCACAUAAAAAGGGACCGCAUGUUGAUUCUAGGUCGAAAUGUUAUAGGCACUUGCUAUUUCAGUAAUGUCUAUAUUAUAUAAAUAGUAUUUCAGACACUAUGUAGUCUGUUAGAUUUUAUAAAGAUUGGUAGUUAUCUGAGCUUAAACAUUUUCUCAAUUGUAAAAUAGGUGGGUACAAGUAUUACAAAUCGGAAAAUCCUGACAAAAGGGACACAUAGUGUUUGUAACACGGUCCAACAUUCCUCGUUUGUAAGUGUUGUAUGUACUGUUGAUGUUGAUAAAAAAAGUUUAUAUCUUGAUUAUUUUGUUGUCUAAAGCUAAACAAAACUUGCAUGCAGCAGCUUUUGACUGUUUCCAGAGUGCUUAUAAUAUACAUAACUCCCUGGAAAUUACUGAGCACUUUGAAUUUUUUUUGGUUUUUUUUUUAAUGUCUAAAAUUGUCGGUUAAUAUAUUAUUUUAUGUUUGAGUAAGAUUUUUAAUAUUGCCAUAUUCUGUAGUAUUUUUCUUUGUAUAUUUCCAGUAUGGCACAUGAUAAAAGUCACUGCCUUUUUUUCUAUGGUGUAUGACAGUUAGAAACGCUGAUUUUUUUCCUGAUAAAUUCUUUCUUUGAGAAAGACAAUUUUAAUGUUUACAACAAUAAACCCAUGUAAACGAA